AUGAACCCUCUGAGUCAGGGGACUAGCUCUUCUCCAGUAGAUCCUCCUAUGAAACGAAAACGUGGCCGUCCGCGCAAGGAUGAGAGCCUGGUAUCAGGAGAGAAAACACCAGUAAUUCCUGAAUCUGGCAAUAUGAAGAAAAACAAACAGACUGUAGGAACAACUGGUGCUGCUAGUGUUAAUAUGGUGGGUCAGGUGAUUACUGGUGUUAUUGAUGGUUUAUUUGAUGCUGGAUAUCUUAUUAAAGUUAAGGUAGGGGACUCUGACACUCCUCUGAGGGGUCUUGUAUUUCUACCUGGCCGAUUCACUCCCAUCACUGCUGCAAAUGAUGUAGCUCCACAUGCAAAGAUGCAUAGAAGAGCAGAUAUUCCCAUUGCAGUUUCACAUCCUCCAACUCAGCUGCCUAGUUUUGUUGCUUCGCCAGAGCAAAGUGACAAGCAACCAGUUGAGUUUAAAAAGCUCACACCGGCUGUUCAGGACAAAGGGCUGCAAUCUGGGUUUCAACCAACUGUUCCAAUUGCAAAGGAGAGCCUAUCUGCUUCUCAGAUGCUGCCUCUUACUGAAUGCUUGCAGAGUAGCACAGGACCUUCCUUCGGAGGGAAAGCCAUGCCUCACCAAGUUUUAGGUUCAGGACAUGAGAACCAAUCUGUCCCUGCUAUGGCAGAGAUGGGGCAUAAUAAUAUUGCCGGACAUCAUGAUUUGCUACAGGAAUUCGAAGCCUCCUUAAGAAAAGGCCCUAAUUUAAAUGUAAAGGCAAAUGAACAAUCAAAAUCAGUGUCACUGCCUUCACUAGCUGCUGAUAUUUUGCCAGGUAGUGGCAUUCAACAGCAGCCCUCUGGUGAUGACCUUAAGCUGAAUCAACCGGCCCAUGAUGGAGUGAAAAGCCCUACUCCUAUCAUGGAAAAACAGGCUUCUCCAAAAAUUGCUGCACCUUCAGAGCCUGCUAUAAAGAUUUUCAGUGGAGAUGAUACAUCCCAUCUUAAUGGUAGUCCUAUAGAUCAUGCUGCUAACAUUACUGAGGCAGACUCACUAUCCUCACCAAUUGCAAGCUUUCCAUCGCUGCUAUUUGAGAGAGAAGCUAUUCCCUCGACACAGAAGCUUGCAGCUGAAGGAUUUCCUCUGCAGAGAGUCAUUGAACCCCAGUCGGGUGGUUCUUCUGGGGCUACAAAUAUCAUGAAGGCAGGGUUAGAUACUACAACAACAUCCAGCCUACCUGCAACUCUAUUUGGGGGAGAAGCUAUUCUACAGGAAUCCAAGGCUGCCGCUGAUGAACCUGUUCUUCCUAGAAUGACUGAAACUCAGCUCUGCAAUUCUCCUUGUGUUGCCAAUAAUGUGGGCAGUAAUAUCAAGGAUGCCAUACCCCCUGCGGAAUCUUAG